AUGUCGAAACUCUUGUCCGAAAGAUUGACCAGUAUCGUACCACUUGCCACUCCAAGACACUUCACCGAGAUGCCUCUUAUUGCUGGCAGCGGCCAGCCCAGGGUCAUUCUGGGAACGAUGACCUUUGGCCCCGACGCCUCGGGUGGUGCGCGUGUGACAGAUCUGGACACAUACAAGAAGGUACUGGACCACUUUCAAAGCAAGGGCUACAACGAAAUCGACACCGCCAGAGUCUACGUCAACGGCAAGCAGGAGGCAUGGACUAGAGACGCAGCCUACAAAGAGCGUGGCCUGACUUGUGCUACGAAAUGGUAUCCGCACGAGGACCAUGCCCACAGUGCCGAGAAGAUUGAGGAGAUUCUGAAUCAGUCGCUCAAAGAACUUGAUACUCAAUGUGUGGACAUUUUCUAUCUGCACGCUCCAGACCGGACUCUGCCUUUCACGACUCCGUUGAAGAAAUUGGACGAGCUUCACAAGCAAGGCAAAUUCGUCCAACUGGGUCUCUCAAACUUCACGGCAGCCGAGGUUGCUGAAGUCGUCACGCAUUGCAAGUACAGCAACUGGGUUCGACCUACCAUCUAUCAAGGCAUGUACAAUGCCAUCCAGCGCAGUAUCGAGCCUGAGCUCGUCGCCACAUGUAGACGCUUCGGGAUUGACAUCGUUGUGUACAAUCCCAUCGCUGGGGGUAUCUUUUCCGGCAAGUAUAAGUCGAACGAGGUACCCAAGGAAGGUCGUUACAGCGACAGCAUGUCCUACGGCAAGAUGUACAGGAAAAGAUACUUCCAGGAUGCGACUUUCGAUGCAUUGGCGAUGAUCGAACCAGUCGUGCAGAAGCACAACUUGACUCUGCUCGAAACUGCUUUCCGAUGGAUCAUUCACCACUCAGCAUUGAAGAUCAAAGACGGCAACGACGGAAUCAUCAUCGGCGUAUCGAGCCAAGAGCAGCUAGAGUCCAACCUAAAGGACAUUGAAAAGGGACCUUUGCCGGAGGAAGUACUCAAUGUCUUGGACGAAGCAUGGCUGGUCACGAAGCCAACUGCAGCACACUAUUGGCAUAAAGAAUUGAAAUACACCUACGAGGAUCCAGGCUUCACGAAGAAGAUCGAGGAGGAUCUUGCAGCGCUGUCAGGUGUGUCACGCAAAUAA